AUGGCCUGGCGUAGCUCCGGGGAAAGCAACGAAGCCCUCAUAACCAACCUUGCGCGGAACGGGCUCAUCAAGACCGACCGCGUCAAGGAGGCCAUGCUAAAGGUGGACCGCGCCCACUACGCUCCCUCAAGCGCCUACAAAGACUGCCCCCAGCCCAUUGGCCAUCGAGCUACAAUAUCCGCACCGCACAUGCACGCGAGUGCCUGCGAAUCUCUCCUUGAAUAUCUGCAGCCCGGAUCCAAAGUGCUUGAUAUCGGAUCUGGUUCGGGAUAUCUCACAGCUGUACUGGCGAAUCUUGUUGGGCCGAGUGGGUCAGUAAUUGGCAUCGACCACAUUCAACCACUAGUCGACCUUGCAAAUACAAAUAUGGCCAAGUCAGAACAAGGGAGAAACAUGCUGGAGAGCGGGCAAGUGAAGUUUGUUACAGGUGAUGGGCGGAAGGGGUGGAAAGAGGGCGCACCGUAUGAUGCGAUUCAUGUUGGGGCCGCUGCUGCAGAGCAUCACCAAGAACUCACAGACCAGUUAAAAGCACCGGGACGCCUGUUUGUUCCUGUAGAAGAAGACAAUAGGCAACACAUAUACGUCCUCGAAAAGAAGGAAGAUGGCAGUGUUGAGAGGAAAAAGUUAUACGGAGUGCAAUAUGUCCCGUUGACUGACGCGCCGAAGUGA